AUGGCUCAAAAAGAAGCAAAGACUUCUGAAGAAGGUAAGCCUUCGGCAGAGCCAGCCAUGGUCAUUGCUUCAACCGCAGCUCCGGCUCCUUCGUGGUUCACGCCCAAGAGGUUACUUGCUAUCUUUUGCGUGAUUAACUUGUUAAAUUAUGUGGACCGAGGAGCAAUAGCAAGCAAUGGUGUCAAUGGGAGCCUGGGAACUUGUACAGAAAGUGGCGUAUGCACAUCCGGUACCGGGAUACAGGGGGAUUUUAACUUGAGCAACUUUGAAGAUGGAGUUCUCUCAUCAGCUUUUAUGGUUGGACUUCUUUUGGCUUCUCCUAUAUUUGCAUCAUUAGCAAAGAGUGUAAGUCCGUUUAGGCUCAUUGGAGUUGGAUUAUCAGUUUGGACCUUUGCUACAGUUGGUUGUGGUUUUUCAUUCAACUUCUGGUCCAUUACUCUCUGCCGCAUGUUAGUUGGUGUUGGUGAGGCUUCAUUUAUUAGUCUUGCAGCUCCAUUCAUUGAUGAUAAUGCCCCAGCUCCUCAGAAAACUGCGUGGCUUGCUAUAUUCUAUAUGUGCAUACCAAGUGGAUAUGCACUUGGCUAUGUUUAUGGUGGGUUGGUUGGAAGUCAUUCCAAUUGGCGUUAUGCUUUUUGGGGGGAGGCAAUCCUGAUGCUUCCAUUUGCUAUUCUAGGAUUUGUUAUGAAGCCUUUGCAGCUGAAAGGUUUUUUUCAUCCUGAAUCAACAAAAGCACUAACAGCAGUGGAGACGGCCGUCUCAGAAGUUCAAGGUUCAGAUAAUUUGAAUGGUAAAGAUGGUUCCUUUUCCAGUAAGGAAGAUCUCAGAAAUUCUACCAUACAGAAAUCUUCUGAGCUAAAAGUUGGGACAAAAAUAAUGAAUCAAAUUUCAAGGUUUAUGAAAGAUAUGAAGGUGCUUUUGGUUGACAAGGUUUAUGUUGUUAAUGUUCUAGGUUAUAUAGCAUACAACUUUGUCAUAGGUGCAUACUCGUAUUGGGGGCCUAAGGCUGGUUAUAAUAUAUAUCAUAUGAAUGAUGCAGAUUUGAUAUUUGGAGGUAUUACAAUUGUGUGCGGAAUAUUGGGCACACUAGCAGGAGGUUUUGUUCUGGAUUAUAUCAAUAGCACUAUCUCUAAUGCUUUCAAGCUUCUUUCAGCAGUAACGUUACUUGGAGGAGUAUGUUGCUUCGGUGCCUUUUGCUUCAAGAACAUGUAUGCUUUCCUAGCUCUUUUUGCAGUUGGGGAACUACUUGUCUUUGCAACUCAGGGCCCUGUAAAUUACAUCUGUCUCCAUUGUGUUAAACCUAGUAUGAGGCCACUAUCUAUGGCUAUUUCUACUGUUUCAAUUCACCUUUUUGGGGAUGUACCUUCCGCACCUCUUGUUGGAGUUCUCCAGGAUUCCAUUAACAACUGGAGGGUGACUGCUCUUAUUUUAACAUCUAUUUUCAUUCCAGCAGCAGGAAUAUGGUUUAUAGGAAUCUUUCUGCACAGCGUGGAUAGAUUUAACGAAGAAAGUGAGAAUCAGAUCACGACAACUGAAAACUUUGAUUGCAACCUGUCACAUAUUCAGGUCUUGUCUAGUAGCCUGUACCUCCGGCACUUGACAACCUAUCCUCCUCCACCUCCACAUGUCGUUUUCAAGCUCUAUGCCUCCAUAGGUUGGUCGCCGGACAUCAACAUCUACAAGGACAAAAUAGUAUUUUCACCACUUAAUUUUCCAAAUGGCGACUUGUUGAAUGAUAACCUUGCUGGUUGUGUUGUUGAGGAUCUUCAUUUUCUGCCUUCUAUGGGUCUAUACACUAGAGGCCAAGGCCAAAUCAUUGAGGUUGAGCAAUAUAGCCGUGUAGGAAUUGAUUUGGCUAUGAUUCCAAAACUAUGUCCUACAAAGUUGUUCGCAUUCUAUAUUGUGGUGAAGAACAAUAUGGCGAGCGUAUGGUUAUUAAUCCUGCCAAAGUCGAUCGGCAUGUACACAUUGAACAGUAACGGUUCUUCGAGAAUGACUCUUUGGAAACGGAAACUACUAGAUUUUGGCCUGAACAUAUCCAAACAUGCUUCAAAGGAAUUUUUUACUGGAACGGAGUUGAGCAACGCAAGGAAUAAUUCGCAGACGAACGACAUAGAUGCGCCGGUGAAUUGCUUAGGUACAUGGUUAUAUGGUUUGAUUCAGGGUGGUUACAACAUGAUCCCCUUUCAGCGCAAACAGCUUGCAGUGUUCAAGGUUUGUGGUGCCAUUUUUGAAAUAUGGUUGAUGGAUGACUUGUCGCUUGACGCUCAAGCAUCUUCUUGGACAAAAUGCUUCACCUCUAAUGAGCUCCCACCGGACAUCUAUCGGAAUGUAAUGUUGUUUUGGAACAGCCACGAGGUUCUUAUGAUUGCCACAGAUGGACGUAUUGUCUCCUACAAUGCCGGGACGGGAUAUGUUAAGUAUCUUCCCCUCAAGACCACUGCUAGCCACUACAGUGGAGGUGCAAGCCGUUGA